AUGACAGAGACUAAACGCUCGAGGACCGACGCCAUUGGUGCAAUUGGCGCUCCGAAGAAACAGAAAACGUUAACGGACUUUGUACGUAGACAAAAAAGUACUGCUAAAGCUCAUGAUGCCACAUCUCCAGAUACCAAGCCAUCAGCAGUGGAAGAGGAGAGUAUCAAGAGUAGCGGUGAGGCUAAGGAAGAAGCGGGCGGCAAAAAAAGUGUCAAAGAACAGUUUCGUGCUAAAUUGUCUGAUCGCGAGGUUGAAUUGUUACAACUGGAACUAGAUACACUUGACGAGGCGUGGUUUGCCAAACUGGAGUCCGAAUUUCGCAAGAGCUAUUUUCUGAAACUCAAGGAAUUCGUUUGUGAACAGCAGAGGAAUUUCACUGUAUUCCCACCUAGUGCGGACAUUUAUUCGUGGAGCAGACUUUCACCAUUCGAUCAAGUUCGUGUGGUAAUCAUAGGACAAGACCCAUACCACAAUCACAACCAAGCCCAUGGAAUGGCUUUCAGUGUGCGGUCGCCCGUCCCGGCACCGCCUUCGCUCAAAAACAUCUACAAGGAACUCCGCGAGAAUAACUAUGCCGAUUUCGUGGUUGACGGAAAAGUUGGAGAUCUGACUCAUUGGGCAGAGCAGGGUGUGCUUCUCCUGAAUACAUGUCUCACGGUCAAGGCACACAGGGGAUCUCUCACUCUAAGAGAGGAUGGGAACAAUUCACCAAACGUGUGGUUCAACUUAUAAUUGAAGACCGCAAACAAUCCCAGCAGCCUCUGGUAUUCCUUCUCUGGGGAAACAACGCAUCCAAUCUCGUCAAGGGUCUGCUUGGCAACGUUCCUGAUAAUUUUUUGGUGCUAAGUUCGGUUCACCCGUCACCUCUUUCUGCCAGUAGAGGUUUUUUUGGUAACAAACACUUCAAAAUGAUAAACGACUGGCUUUACGCCAAGAACUACAACAUGAUAGACUGGAGUGUGGUCCUAGGAAGCUCUAUCAAGGAGAUUGAGAAUAAGAAUCUGGUUCUGGACCUGUAG